AUGUCUGGUGGAAGCGGAAGCAACAGAAAUGAAUGUAGAAUAUACGUUGGUAACUUGCCCCCGGACAUAAGAACAAAGGACAUCCAAGACCUAUUUUAUAAAUUCGGUAAAGUUACCUUCGUCGACCUGAAGAACAGAAAGGGGCCCCCGUUCGCUUUUGUGGAGUUCGAAGAUCCCAGAGAUGCGGACGAUGCAGUGCGCGCUCGCGACGGAUACGACUAUGACGGGUACAGACUCCGCGUGGAGUUCCCGCGCGGGGGUGGAGGCGGCGGACGCGGGGCGCGCGGAGGGGGCGAGCGCUUCGGACAGCGCGGCGCCGCUCGCGGACCGCCUGCGCGACGCUCUGAGUACCGCGUACUCGUCACAGGUCUACCGCCAUCCGGCUCCUGGCAGGAUCUCAAGGACCACAUGAGGGAGGCGGGAGACGUCUGCUUCGCGGACACCUUUAAAGAUGGCACCGGCGUUGUUGAGUUUCUGAGGCACGAGGACAUGAAGUAUGCAGUUAAAAAGCUGGACGACUCGCGGUUCAGGAGUCAUGAGGGUGAGGUGUCAUAUAUACGUGUGAAGGAAGACUACGGCGGUGGCGGCGGCGGAGGUGGAGACAGAUACAGCGGCGACCGAGACCGGUCUCGGUCGUACUCCCCGCGGCGGCGCGGCUCGCCUACAUACUCGCCGGUGAGACGCAGCUACUCGCGCUCUCGCUCCCGCUCGCGCUCACACAACUAUUGAGCAGGUGUGACGCCGCCACCGCCGCCGCCGCUGCCGUCGUAACACCACCCCCUACUCCGCCUUCAUAUUAUAUCAUCCGCAUACUGUAACACUCGACUCAACUCUAUACAGACGCGUACUCAUCGGUCGAUAUGUAGCGUGAUACGACUAGUUUUUUUUAUCGUGACUUGAAAAAUUUCCCGCAUGCCUAGUGAAAAUUACAUCCCGAGUGCGACCCAGUCGACCGAUGAAAAUACGCCUUAACAUUGUUAUAUCAAUAUCAAAGCUGCACGAUCACCAGGGAUACGCUGUAUUCGUGUAAACGGUUGUCAUCGCUAAACCUUGCUGAAUAACGGUGUAGAUUUCAUCUUUUCCUCGGUGAUUUUCAUUAUAUUUUAGCUUACCGGGUGAUUCGAGGCGUUGACGUUAUUUAUUGUCAUCGAAGAAUGUAAUUGAUUUUUAAAUAUUGUUUGUAAACGUUCGACGCGCGCGGAACCCGUGGUAGAUGACACGUUGCAUUGGAUAUUUGGUGAUGACCAUAUUUCAAUAGAAUGCAUCCGUAUAAUUCGGCAGGUGGGGCGCGACUGUAUCUGUAACUACUUAUAUAUGUAAUAUGUCCCUGUAUGUAUGUGUCACAUAUAAUAAAAGUAUUUUCUUUUGUUUCAUCCACUGUGGAUUGGGCUCGUUGGAUGUGCUUGGCUGGAGGUGUGAGUCGAUGGAUAUGUAGGACCGCAUUAGGACUCGGAUUUCUGGAUCGUACCAAAGGAUCUCGCAGCGAAGGAUCUGGUCUGGACUUUGUGACCAAUAGACUAUAUCGCGUGGAUUUAUGGAAUUAACUUUUUACGGGAUUGUGCUCGCUCGGAACCGUUUGGAUUUUGGAUAUCGGACUGGAUCUGCCGGACGCAGGGAUCACGGAUCUUUGGGUAUGAUUUUGAAAUUAUUGCAAAUAACUUAAUUGUUGAAUGCACGCUCGGUACCAGAAUCAUUAAUGUUUGUUUGGAUAUCCUUAACUCACACUUUUAAUUUUUUGCUUCUCGAUGUGUCUCUGCGUUUUAUGUAGAAGUUAGGACGCGGUUACGGCGUGUAAGUUAGCUUUGCUCAAUAGUGUGUUAGAUCUAACUUUCAGUGUCAUAAUAUAAGCAUGCUUUAACGAGCUUCUCCGAGUGAAGCAGGACUAGCCAGGGAUGGAAGGCCGGUGGACGAAUGAAUGUUUAUAUAAGAUCAACCUAGCAUUUUAAUUAGAUAUAUUGUAAACUUGUAAGUUGAUAACUGACACUAUUAUUGAAAAAUAAUAAUGGGAUAUAUUAUGCAUAAUGCUAUUUAGACUUAGACUAAAUCACAAAUUGUAUCAUAAAUGAAUUUUAAGACGUACGGCUGAUGUGUCGUUUGAAUAAUAUAUCAUAGUUUUACGAGUGGAAAUGUAAUUUAGGUACUGGAUUUGCAUUCCAAAGACCAACACAGUUGAUGGACU